GUAGUGAGUGCUGUUUCAGGAUGUGAGGGAUUCGGAACAGAGCCGCCCCGCGCCUGCCGCGCUCCCCCUUUUGGCUGUGCCAGCUACCCCUCCAGGGACCCAUGGUCUCUGCCCUCAUCGUCGGGGCCCUGUGACAGGAGGGAUGCCAGGAAAAGCCAAGCACCUGGGCGUCCCCAACGGGCGCAUGGUCCUGGCUGUCUCUGAUGGAGAGCUGAGCAGUGUGGUGGGGCCAGAGGAAGCUGGGGAGGGCCGGGGAAGCACCCUCAGUGUCCACAGUCUGCCCAGUGGCCCCAGCAGUCCCUUCACCUCUGAGGAACAGCCUGUGGCCAGCUGGGCACUGUCUUUUGAGAGGCUGCUGCAGGACCCGCUGGGUCUUGCCUACUUCACGGAGUUCUUGAAGAAGGAGUUCAGUGCGGAAAAUCUGUCCUUCUGGAAAGCUUGUGAGCAAUUCCAGCAGAUUCCAGCCAGUGACACCCAACAGUUGACUCAGGAAGCUCGAUGCAUCUAUGAAGAGUUCCUGUCUAGUCAGGCUCUGAGCCCUGUGAAUAUUGACCGGCAGGCCUGGCUCGGGGAGGAGGUGCUGGCCACCCCCAACCCCGACAUGUUCCGGGUCCAGCAGCUGCAGAUCUUCAACCUCAUGAAGUUUGACAGCUAUGCUCGAUUUGUCAAGAGUCCGAUGUACCGGGAGUGUCUCCUGGCAGAAGCAGAAGGGAGGCCCUUGUGUGAGCCAGGCACCUCGGACCCUGGCAGCCCCAAUACCACAUUCCGGAAGGUGCCCACUGGGGCGGGAGGGUCUGGGUGCUGA